AAUUUUAUCAAGUUUAUUAUAGAAUUUGAAGGAUUGAAGAUUUCGAGUAAUUUGAGAUUGGAUGAAAGUGGUUUUUGCUGUCAUUUAUGUCAGGGCUGAACUAGGCCUAAGCCCAUUAAAAGUGGUUAGUUAGAGAGACGAAGCCCGAGAGAAGAAAGUAGGUAAGAGAAAGAUAAGGAUAUGGUUGGAAUGGUGGGGAAGAAUAAAGAGUGGAGACUGUACUGUGAACAAUUAAAACCAUCACGCUUGUCUCCUUCCGUAGAUUGCGCCAAAGAUUUUCCCAUUUAAAGACUAAUCUUUCUCCAUUUUCAACCUUCAAACCCCCAUAACGCCUUUUCAGUAGUAAAGUUUCAAUAUUCAGAUCAAAAUUUCACGAAGUGGGUAACUUUCAAUCUUCCCAAACCCAAUUGAAAUAAUGAGCUAUAAUAACAAAUAAUGUAAAACAGUGACCAAGGGUGAAAAAAUCUUUAUGGAGGGCAAUGGAAUAAUGAUGGCCGUGUUGAGGACGCUGGGAAACUGUGGGUCAGCCCAUUUUUCAGAAAUCUCCAAAGUGUUUGCGUCAAUUGCUGUGUCCACCAAACAAGAUCUGCAUCUAAUGAGAUUUAACCUUGCUUCCAUUCUUGUACUAUCUUCUCUACCAAAUUUUUUGUCGGUAGGAGGGUUAGAGUUUGAUUACAACCCGAUUCAGGAAGAACAGAUAUGAAGCUUUGGGUUUUGGUUCUGUUGCUGGCCAUUUUCAUCCAUGGGGUUGCAGGAGGAGAUGGUUUUGUCAGAACUGGAAGAACUCGUUUUCUGUUGAAUGGAAGUCCUUACUAUGCAAAUGGCUUCAAUGCCUACUGGUUGAUGUAUGUUGCUUCCGAUCCAUCUCAGAGGUCGAAGGUCUCUUCUGUGUUUCGUGAAGCCUCAAGCCAUGGCCUUACGGUUGCAAGAACUUGGGCUUUCAGUGAUGGUGGAUAUAGACCUCUUCAAUAUUCCCCUGGAAAUUACAAUGAACAAAUGUUUCAGGUAUCUUUCAGGAUUCAGGCGACCUAUUUUCUGUCUGCUAUUUAUUAUGUUUACUUUAUUCAACUUUCUCUUUCACAGGGCAUGGACUUUGUUGUAGCUGAGGCCAGAAGGUUUGGAAUCAAGCUGAUAUUGAGCUUAGUUAACAACUACGAAAACUUUGGAGGGAAAAAGCAGUAUGUAAAUUGGGCAAGAAGUAAGGGGCAGUACCCAAAUUCUGAUGAUGAUUUUUUCAGAAACCAAGUAGUGAAGGAAUUCUACAAAAAUCAUAUCAGAACCGUUCUUAACAGAUACAACAGCUUCACCAAAAUUCAUUACAAGGAUGAUCCAACAAUAAUGGCUUGGGAGCUUAUGAAUGAGCCUAGAUGCACAUCAGACCCAUCCGGAAGGACAAUCCAGGCUUGGAUUAUGGAAAUGGCUUCCUUCGUGAAGUCCAUUGAUAGAAACCACUUGCUGGAAGCUGGUUUAGAAGGAUUCUAUGGACACUCAUCACCACAGAGAAUGAGACUCAACCCAGGUUUCAACAUUGGUACAGACUUCAUAGCAAACAACAGGAUCCCUGGCAUUGAUUUUGCAACUCUUCAUUCCUACCCUGAUCAAUGGUUAUCAAGCUCAAAUGAUCAAUACCAGCUUUCCUUCUUAAACAAUUGGAUAUCAACACACAUACAAGAUGCAGAGUCCAUUCUACGCAAACCAAUCCUGCUCACAGAAUUUGGAAAAUCAUGGAAAGUUCCAGGUUACAGCACAAACGAAAGAGACCUUCUAUUCAACACAGUAUACUACAAAAUAUACGCAUCGGCGAGAAGGGGAGGGGCCGCCGCUGGAGGCCUAUUCUGGCAGCUACUGACGGAAGGAAUGGAUUCUUUUCGCGAUGGGUACGAAAUAAUUCUGAGCCAAAACCCUUCAACGGCGAACGUGAUUACUCAACAAUCUCGAAGACUGUAUCAAAUCAGAAGGAUUUUUGCUAGAAUGCGAAAUAUCGAGAGGUGGAAGAGGGCAAGGGCGGCAAGGGGGAAACGAAUAGGAAAUUGAGAAGAGAAAAGAACUUACCUGCAAAAUGGAGAAUCUGGGGUUGUGUUUUAAUGGCGGAUGAAGAGGUUUGGGGAAGGGUUUCUGUCUUUGAGAUGAAUCAUUCUUUCGUCCAGGAAGAAAGCUGAAACUUUUUUUGUGGUUUUUGAUUUGGGGUUUGCAAGUUCUUAUAGAUAUAAGUAUAAAUCAUAUAAUAGAAAGAAACUGAAAGUAGGAUCAAAGGAAAUGAGUUUGAUGGAGUUGGGUAUGAAUGGCUACUUGACUCCAAAUUUCAUAUACACAAUUUCGUUUGCUGGUUUGUGAUUUCGUGUUUUGAGUACUGUAACUUGAAAUCUAAGAAGUGUUUUUCCUAUGAAUGCUCUAAUGCAUUGUUAUUAAUUA